GCAACACUCUGCUCCCCCAUUUUCUAUCUUUAUUUUUUUUCAGUUCAAUCAAAAGGGGGAAAAAAGAAUAUGUGAAUAAAUUAUAUGGAGAAGAAGCAAGAGAAUCCCAUGGCGAAUAUGAGAUUUCCCGACGAUAUUCCGCCGUCGACCUUUGGUGGUGGUGGUGGGAGCAUCUUUGACAUGGCUGGAACAUCAUGUGAAGGGAGUGGUGGUGGUGGUGGAGAUAAGUGGGGGUCAUUAGGUUUCAUGGAUUUACUCGGAAUCCAUCAAGAUUUUGUCGCUCCUUCUUUAUUCGAUUCUUUCAAUCACCCUCCGGUUCUUCUUCCUCCACCACCACCAUCGUCGGUUGAGCUAGCAGCAGUGUUCCACGACCACCACCACGAUGUAUUAUUAAACAAGCUCGACACUAACAACAACAAUAAGCAGCAGAACCUCCACCAGGGAAGCCACUUGUCGCCGGUAGCUUCCACCGUACCGGAAUAUUCUGAGGUCUUGAACAAUCCCGCAACACCAAACUCUUCUUCCAUCUCUUCUUCCUCCAACGAAGUAACCGCAAAUGAUGAGCGGAACAAAGCUGGGGAUCAUGAUAAUGAGUACAAGACAAAGAAACCGUUGAAACCCAAAAAGAAUAAUCAAAAAAGGCAAAAGCAACCGAGAUUUGCCUUCAUCACCAAGAGUGAAAUCGAUCACUUAGAUGACGGCUAUAGAUGGAGAAAGUAUGGUCAAAAGGCUGUGAAGAACAGUCCUUAUCCCAGGAGCUAUUAUCGUUGCACUACAGCAGGGUGUGGGGUGAAGAAGAGAGUCGAGAGAUCGUCCGACGAAUCGACCACCGUCGUUACGACGUACGAAGGCCAACAUACACAUCCGUGUCCGAUAAUGCCUCGUGGAACCAUCGGAUUUGCAAUCGAUUCCUCGAGUUUCAGCUCUCCAUCGUCGUUCGUUGUUACUCAGCCUCGGUAUCUACAUCAUCAGCCGCAACAAUUACAACCCUACGUAUAUACCUCAUCGCCUUCUUUGAACAUCACCACAACGAGCUCAAACUCGAACCAUCAUCCCUCCUUCAAUGCAUUUUUUCAAGACAAACCACGUUUUAACAAUCCAAACUCUUCUGCUUUAGCACUUAGAGACCAUGGGCUUCUUCAAGAUAUUGUUCUCACACCGACGAGGAGAGAGACAAAGGAAGAGGAAGAAGAAGAUCAGUAGGGGGAAAAAUUGGGGUUUAAUUUGUAAUGUGUUUAGCACUGGUAUGUAGCUUUCUAACUUCAUCACCAUUUUUAAUUCUGGCUAUUCUUCAUAUUUAGAGAGUACUCAACCAUGGAGAUAUGGGUUUUGUUUGUUCUUUUGUUUUCUUCUUUUAUCUUUUUUUUUUUCAAUGUGUGCACCCAUGCAUAUUGAUGGCGAAAUAGAUUAGGGUUAGGGUUUUUUUCUUAUGAUAAAAAGUAGAUACUUAUUGUAAUAGGGACAGAUCAAGUUGUUCAACUUUAUAGGAAAACAAGGGCAUUUCAAUAGGAGA